GACUUGGAGUUCGCCGCAGGCCUGCGGCCGCAGGACACCACGCCUCGAAGGCUCUCGUCUCCGCGGCCUGGGCGCCGCAUGACGUCACUCGGAGGCGCCCGCACGGCCCGGCGCGCGGGUCCCGGGGACUUCUGGGUAGCGGAUUACCCCCGCCCCCCACGCCGCCGCCUUCCUUUCCGUCCCUGACGCCGCCGAGGUCGCACGCGUGAGGCUUCUCCGCCGCCGAGAUGCGCUACGUCGCCUCCUACCUGCUGGCCGCCCUCGGGGGCAAUGCCUCCCCCAGCGCCAAGGACAUCAAGAAGAUCCUGGACAGCGUGGGCAUCGAGGCGGAUGACGACCGGCUCAACAAGGUCAUCAGUGAGCUGAACGGAAAAAACAUCGAAGACGUCAUUGCCCAGGGUAUUGGCAAGCUGGCCAGCGUGCCUGCUGGUGGGGCUGUCGCCGUGUCUGCUGCCCCAGGGUCCGCGGCUCCUGCUGCUGGCGCUGCCCCAGCCGCUGCAGAGGAAAAGAAAGACGAGAAGAAGGAGGAGUCGGAGGAGUCAGACGACGACAUGGGAUUCGGCUUGUUCGAUUAGGUUCCUGCUCACCCCCCCCGGCCCCCCGCUGGCAAAUAAAACCCUUUUUAUGUAUCUAUGAA